AUGUCUCUCAUUGAACGUGCGAGCAGCGAGAGGACAACUCCCUUUUAUCUUUAUAACCCCUCCCUGGCAGUGGCAAUUGUUGCCGCUGUCUUGUACACCCUUGCUUUUCUGUUGACGACUAUCCAAUGGAUUCGGUACAGGGCUUGGGUCUGGAGCAUUAUGGUGAUAUCAGCUGCCAUGGAAGCAGUCGGCUACAUUGGACGAUGUGUCUCGGUCCAAAAUACAUUCGAGAGACCCGUUUAUGUGCUUCAAUUUUCCCUCGUCAUCCUUGCACCCGUCCUCAUGGCAGCGUGUUGCUACAUCAUCUUCGGUCGUAUUCUAUUCCUUGUUGUUCCCCAAGAGGCACGUACGCUUCGACUAUGCUGGGUGCCUCCCCGAUUCAUUACACCGAUCUUCGUCGGGUGUGAUAUCAUUGCCCUGCUCCUCCAGCUUGGCGGUGCGGUGAUGAUCUCUGCUGUCGAUGCCACAGAUAAGGAUGCGAAAAACAAGCUCAACACGGGAAAACACGUUGCCCAAGUAGGUGUUAUUAUCCAGCUUGUUGCCUUUGGCAUGUUUGCAGUUGCUGCUGUUCGUUUCAACUUCACCUCCAAGCGCUUCACUGGGUCUCUGAGUGAGAGAUAUGAGAAUGUUGGAGAGAAGGAAUACAUUAUUGGUGGCGUUGUCAAGGACAAGAACUGGCCUACUCUGUUGCGAGUUGUCAAUUUCACUACGAUUUUGAUCCUUGUCAGUUCAUCACCUUCAGUCGCUGUUCAGUCGCUGACUUGUACCAGGUUCGGUCUAUUUAUCGACUCGUGGAAUUCACCGAAGGCAAAGAGGGAUAUUUGA